UGAAGAUGAAAACUCGCGAAAUAAACCGGAUAUUUUGGCUUUUAUAUCCACAGAAUGGGAAAAAUGGUUAUUACCCACAUUGUAUCCUAAUUCUGACGAACCUACGACUGAGACCUACUGGUUACAUAGUGCGAUGGAAUAUUUCAUUGAAGGAUAUUCCCAGUUUAGCUUGCAUCCGGAGUUCGACAAAAACAACCCAACAGUUAAACCGGGAUUUUUUCCGUUUCAACGUUUGCAAAUUGUUUUCGUAGAUCACACAUCCUCAGACGUCAAU